AAACGCACGAACCUACAGCCUAAUUUCAUUAUAUCUACCAUACCGGUUCCCCAUCAAUAUUAAUAAUAUAUUGCGCAAAUUUGAUUCCUAGAACCUCCACUGAUGUAGAGUUUCAUGCAAUAUAUCAAGUACAAAUAAAACGAUAGUAGGUCUUGAAGACCCUAAGUACAGCGCACAUGUCUCCGAUUUCAAAAGAAAGCAUCAAAACCACUCAUUACAACGACUGGCCAAAUACACAAGGAUUUGAUGUCCAGUACGAAGAACUCAAUCCUACAGAGCUAGAGGUCACCGGCAUCAUUCCUGCAUACUGCGCAGGUGUUCUAUUCCGCAACGGCUUAGGACCGCGUGGAGUUGAAAAAGACGGGAAAGAGGUCUACAAAGUGAGCCACUGGUUCGAUAAUCUGGCGCAAGUUCAUCGAUUUCACAUCCAUGCCCCGACAACCGACCAUUCAAACGUGCGAGUCACUCAUAAUUCGCGCUUGACAUGCGAUGGUCUGGUAAAGCGGAUUCAGAAAACUGGAUUUCGAGGGGAAGUCACAUUUGGCGCUAAAUAUGACCCAUGCCUGUCGCUCUUCCAGAAGGCGCAAUCCUUCUUCACGCCGUCUCUUAAGGAGUCUCCAGACAGUGUCAACAUCGGCGUGACGUUAUCGGUCAAUUUCCCCGGUCUUUCACGCACAGGCACAAAGCGUGAGCUACCAAUCGAUAAUAAAUCUGGUGUACAGACGCUAUGCAAUAAAACAGACAACUCCACGUUGCAGAUGCUCGACCCAGAAACCCUGGAGCCCAUCGGCGUUGCUAAACAGACAACCCUACACCCUGACCUCAAGGGGCCAAUAAGCGCAUCACACGCCAAAACUGAUCCAGUCACUGGAGAAGUGUAUAACUACAACUUAGAGAUGGGCCCUAUGGGCCACUAUCGAGUUUUCACAGUUUCGCCCUCCACAGGCAAGACAAGCAUUCUGGCAACCAUCAAAAAUCCUCCAGCCUACGUGCACUCCAUGUUCCUCACCGAGAACUAUGUCAUUCUAUGCGUUUGGUCUUCGCAUUUUCGUAUGGGUGGCCUUCCCAUAUUGUUCUCUCACAAUUUAGUCGACGCGUUGGCCGAUUAUGAAACAACAAAGUUGGCAAAGUGGUUUGUAGUAGAUCGUAAAGUCGCUGGUCGUGGUCUCGUCGCAACUUAUGAAUCAGAUGCGUUCUUCAGCUUCCACACGAUCAACGCGUACGAAGAGCCUUCAACUAAAGAUCCAUCGAAGAUUGAUAUUGUGGCAGAUGUAUGUGCCUAUGACAGCCUAGACGUCCUCAAACGAUUUUACAUUGGAAAUCUUCUCUCCAACUCGCCAACUGCAAAACCCUUCUGCGAUCCAUCUAAUAAAAACGCUCGAGCGGCCUUUCGUCGCUUCCGGCUUGCAAGCUUACCUCCGACGGCAAAUUCCCAGCCCUUACGAGCCUCAAUAGAAUUCUCACAUGAGAAAGGGGUAUGUCCUGAACUGCCUUCUAUCAAUCCUGGAGUACGGGGCCGUAAGCACCGGUACGUGUACGGAGUGACGGAUAGUGGUAAAAGCUCGUUUAUAGAUGGACUCGUCAAGUUUGAUGUGGAAACGACAACAUCACUAUACUGGAGCGAGCAUGCGCAGACCGCCGGCGAACCGAUUUUUGUACCUGACCCGAAAGGUAAUGAUGAAGACUCUGGGGUUUUACUCACUGUCGUGCUGGAUGGUAUUGGAGGGAAAAGCUAUUUGUUAGUUCUCGAUGCUAAAACCAUGACUGAAAUUGGCCGUGCGAAGGUGGACGGUGUGGUUGGUUUUGGUUUUCACGGGGUACAUGUGCCUGAUAUUUAAUCUAG